CAAAGAUACCUCCGUACGGCAUAGACUCAAGAAAAGAGGAUAUGUAAAGAGGCACAGCACAUGUAGACAGCCCAUAUAUAGCUGUUUCAUAGCGAAUGGUGUGCAUUGCUGCCUGCUCAGCUACCCUGACUGUGAUCGUAUCAGUGGAUCACUAGAUUCAACACUCCUUGCUACUGCAAUUAUUUUAGUCGACUCUUUGCUCUUUUGUUCAUCCUACUUUCUCUUAAUGCUUGCGGCGUGUAUAUCGCUAUGUCAUCGCCUUUCAAUCGCCGAACACCAGAGUCAUACUUCGCUGGCUUGAGAAGAAAAGAUUCGAAGAAUGCGCUUACGACCUGCCAUGGUAUCACAGAGAAAGGUCGGGCAUGUCGUAGAGCUUUAGUUUCGCCGAAGAACUCGUCCAGAUUUGAUGGUAUAGUUGUGAUCACCGAGAGCGUCGAGGAUCCUGCAAUAUUCUUCUGCUGGCAACAUAAGGAUCAAGCGAAUGCUUUCCAUCAAUACGAUGAGGGUAGCGUGGUGUCAAUAAAAGGCCGACAUAGUCUUGAAGAAGCAUUCAGGAGUUUGGGGCUGGAUGAUGUGAAUGAACAGUCGACUCUAUCGAUCAAGAAGCCGUCGCCUACUGCCCAUAAAACUCGGAUUCCAGAACCGGCUGCAGUUGUGAAAGAUCAAUCCCAACCUUUUUCCAGGCCAUCGAGGUGUUCCAACCAGGAAAAAAACCCGAAUGCACAUUACAAGCGUAAGAACCCUCUUAAUGGAGACAUCACACGUUCGAAACGAAAACAAUCCGGAUCUUCGCGACAAACUUCAUCGACUGGCAUCCUUAGUUUAUUUGCUUGCUGUCUGGGUAUUACCAAUUCAAUUCCAAGCGACAAGACGUCUCAAAUGAACCGCGAGCGGCAUUCUGGUUCACGACCUGUCAAAAUAAAUCGCGAGAGGGUAGAUCGGCGUGGGCGUUCGAAUGUUGAGAUGCCAGCAACAAUUGGCCCGAGGAGUGAGAUUGUCCAGCAAUCGAGAAUACCAGUAGAUAUUCGCAGGAAAGAGGUUAAAGCUCACCUAAAAAAAGACUCUGCCAUAGGGAUAACAGACGGCGGGGAGAUGCGAAGAAUAGUUCGCGAAGAACGUCAGGACAUUGAUCGCUCAAAAGUGCAAUCACCAGCUCGAGAAAAAGUGAGGGCCUACAGAGAUUCAGACCCAAUGCAAGCUCUGAGAAAGGAGUAUCAGCAUCGCGGGAAUCCUAAAUCAGACUCUCUUUUUGGUGUUCCGGGUCACCGGCCACUGAAGUCUAGAUCAAAAUCCUCGCCUGAUGCACAACAGUUGCAACGUCUCCAUGGAGAUUGGCCACCACCGUUGCCGCCCAAUGCAACAGAUGCAAUGCGUCUGACCUACGCGAAGUUACUCACUACCAUGAGUGAACCGCCAAGUCGAACAGACUCCCCAGGCUAUAUCUACAUAUUCUGGCAAACAGACGUCGAGCAAACCGACGACGAGACAUCCGCAGUGACAUCCAUCAUGUCAGCACAAAGGCUUGAUCAUGGCCUGAAAAGGCAAGAAACUAUUCUUCAGCAACGGUUCUUCCAGACCUCGGUCAAUGCACAGCAGUCUAACGCGGAAAAGCGAAAAGUUUUCCUUAAGAUUGGACGUGCCGCAAAUGUUCACUGGAGACUGAAUCAGUGGAAGAGGCAAUGCGAGUAUGAAAUUUCACUACUUAGAAGCUAUCCGUACAGUUUGAAUGGUAAGGGAGAACAUCGAAAGGUUCCUAAUGUGGCCAAGGUGGAACGUCUUAUUCACCUGCACCUUGAGAUGCUUGGUCAAAGAGUAAAUAAGCAAUGUAGAUGCGGUGCCGAGCAUAAGGAAUGGUUUGAAAUCGACGCUACGGUCCAGGGGGUUCGAAAAGUGGAUGAGAUUGUGCGAAAUUGGGUGGCCUGGAGUGAGGAAAAGUUUUCAUAAUAGAUCUGGAAUACUUGGGUCUAGUAGAUACCCCUUUCUCCUUCUCAGAA